AUGAAGUCAACUCCCGUCAGCGUAGCCGUCCUAUGCGGCUUCGCUGCGCUGGCCAUGACGGAGGCGCUGCCGCCCAACAGCAUCCCGAUGCGAUGCGCGACCAUAUGCGGUCCCAUGGUCGAGCUCACGGCGCUCUGCAGCACGCCCAAACUCCUAAAGCGUGGAGACCAGCGGCGGUGGAGGAGCAGGGAAGGAUGGCCGAGGAAGCGAGACUUUGUCACGCUCGUGCCGGCGCCGACGUCGUUUCCGUACAGUCUCACGGCGGACUUGACUCGGCCAACAAGCAAGGUGGCCGCACCUCCGAGGCAGCAGCCGGUUCCAUCGCCGUCUCGCGCAACUCCCGGAAUCGCCAUGGGCGCGUGGGGAUCGCCGGAGAGGACGACACCAACGACCUCGGCCAUCGCUUCCAGUAGAAGCAGCAGCAGUGGCGGCGGCAGCAGCAGCAGCAGCAGCAACCGCCCCCUUGCCGCUGCGACGCCUGCCACGACGGGUAGCCUGUUGGGGGGUCCGGCGCAGGCAACGCCAACGUCGUCUAUUCCAGUAGUAGGCGGCGCCAGCAAUGGCCUGAGCGCCGAGGAGAGGUGCGUGUGUAUGAAUCGCAGCUUUGACGUCCCUCGGGUGGCCGCUCUCUGCGCGAGCUGCAUUAAGCAGACGGGGGACGAGAUGAACAGUAUGCCAUCCUACAUCCUCCACCCUCCGUUGCCUUCUCUUCCGCUGGGACAUCUCUCGGUACUGACACAGGUGAAAGACAUGGACCUCAUCAUGAAAGUAUGCACCUUCUCAAGCACGACGUAUUCGCCCGACAAGGACGGCGUAGUCAACAACGUGGUGGUCGAGGCUGCCAGGCCCGUCGUGGAGGCGGCAGUCGUCGUGAGCCGUGCAUCGCGGACAUCAGGCGUCGGGGGCGCCGUGGUAGGUGUUGUGUCGCUGUGCUCUGCCUUGUGGUCUGCCUCCGAGGGUUGA